AACGGAGUGCAAGUUUUUGUUAUGGAACGAAUUCUGAAUUUUAUCACCAAAACUAGCUUCCAGCAGCAAAGCUAAGAUGCUGAAAACAGUAGACAAGUGUCCCGGUUUAUACUGUGGCCGAUCGUUGCUGGAAAAUGCGUCGCUCAGUGAGUGCGGUGCGUGUCUACGUGGCUUCCGGGUGAACGAACAGUACCUCUGUGCACCGUGCCGGAAUGACCUCAGCGAGCACGAUUGGUUGUAUCUGGGCUUUAUGGCAAUAUUGCCGUUAAUCAUCCACUGGUUCUGCAUCGAUUUGAAUGCCCAGCAGAGGAAGUUCACCAGGGGUGAACUGAUACUGCACGCCAGCGCCUGCAUCGAAGUGUUGGGGUCAGCCGUCCUCACAAUCCUGUUUACGGACCCCAUCUUUGAGCUGCGAGUUAAUUCCUGUGGUGUACGCAAGCUGUCCGACUGGUACACCUUGUUCCACAAUCCAACGCCCAACUAUGAGACGACCUUGUACUGCACCCAGGAAGCGGUUUACCCCUUGCAGACUAUGAUUUUUCUUUUCUAUUUGUUUUGCAUCACCUUUAUGAUGAUCAUUCGGCCGUUUCUCAACAUUAAAUUCUUACCAUUUCGCGGAAAAAUGGCCGUCUACUAUGCGUUAUACAUCUUCCCGAUACUCACGUUGCUUCAUGCAGUCGCAGGAGGACUUAUUUAUUAUUCAUUCCCCUACUUGAGCAUAGUGAUUUCAGUCGUUUCCAAUGCGCUUCAUUUCUCAAUUAAGCUGGAUCAAACAAUGAAAUCUCUCCUGGAAACAUCCGUUACCCAGAUGCGCAAUGUAACCAUCAUUCUCGGUCAUUGGCUUCUGCUGGCGUAUGGUAUUAUUUCGAUACCUUAUGAUAUUUCCUACUUUUCGUUAAUGCUCGUUCCGGUGCCAGCUUUGUUCUACAUAUUCACCGCAAAGUAUACCCAUCCGGAUAAUUUUAAGUAGCUUAGUAAGUGACGUAGGUACCUAUAAAGUAGUUCACUGAAUGAGUGUUUGAUAGCAGCUAUUAAACUGUACAUAA